GCAAUGAACUAAUAACAUAAUCGUAUCAAAAAUGAACUCUCUUUUGGUUUGUUUUUUAGUAUUUUUUUCCGUUAGUGUAGUUUUAUCAUAUCCUCAUCACCACCAUCAUAUACCACACUACCACUUCAAAUAUGGCGUGCACGAUCCCCACACUCACGAUCACAAAGCCCAGAAAGAAGAACGUCACCACGAUGACGUGAAAGGCGGAUACUUCCUCAAAGAACCCGACGGUACCAAGAGGGUUGUAGAGUAUACUUCUGGACACCACGAAGGGUUCAAGGCUGUGGUACGCCGUGAAGGACAUGCUCAUCACCCUGCUCACGACGGUCAUGGACCUGGUGGUACUAGUUACGUUGGUGUAACUCAUUGGGGACAUGGUUCAGGAAGAUAA